UAGCUAAUAAAUACGAGGCUAUAAAGAAACUUGGUUUACUUAAUAUUAUACUUACAAAAUCGUGACUCUCCUAAAUUCAGUUUAAUUUUUGGCUAACAUAAAGUCAUUUCUGUCAGAUCUCGAACGGCUUGAACCGAUUAUUUAUGUUCUAUUUGAGUUAAUUAAAUUAUGUACUUACCUACCGAUGGCCCUCAGCCAGAAAUUUUGAAUUUCAGAAAUAUUACAGCAUUUAUAUGGUGAAUUCCCUGACAAUUUCAGAACGUGCCCUGCAUAUAAUAUAGUACCUAUAAUCAACCAAAUCUCAUGAAAUAUGGACAUAGACAAUCCAACUCCAGAAGAUCUGCAGAGGAAGCUGUAUUUCCUGAUGGAGCAACUCCAGUUGAUGGCUAGUGAACUACCACCAAAGUACCAAAUGCGUCUCCCAUACGAACUAUUGUCUGGUUUGGCCAACAGCUUACUCAAUGAUACCAUUUUCGAAAUCGUCAAAGGGCUGAUGGAAAUACAACACGUAACGGAAAAACACUUGUUUCAACAGAGGUUGCAACUUAUCAAUCAACAACAAAUCGAAAGUCAACAAGUGUUGUCUGAGCUCAGAACUGAAGGCGAAAAAGAGCCUGUCAAGCAGGCUCUGUUUCAGAGACAUAAGGACGAACUGAAACAGCAGGAUAUGAAACUGGUGCUACAGCUAGAUCAGAAGGUUGCAGAUCAGCAAAGUACUUUAGAAAAAGCUGGCGUACCUGGCUUUUAUAUUACCAACAAUCCCAUGGACAUCCAAGUUCAGAUGCGAUUGUGCGAUUUUAUUAUAAGACUUAGCAAGAUGGAAGUGCCAAGGUAACACUUGGUUGUACUAUGCCAAUGAGACAAUGGUCCUUAUUAUAC